AUGGAGUUCACCAUGGAACAUAUGGAGAAGCUCGUGGAUCUGUUGAGACCACCUGAACCUGAUGUGCUGCAAGGAGAUGAUUUACCUCCGACUGAAUUUGAAAUAAGUUCAACGAGAGGUAAAGUUCCUCCUCCCGAAGAAAAGAAGGGUCCAAAAACUAUUGAAGAGUUUGAAGAACAAGAGGCUAAGGAGAUCGAAAGCUUGGGGAAAGCUGGUGUUGGUUUAGGAGAUCUAAAAACUCCUGAAUAUACCAUGAAUUAUCAGCAGUCCGUCUCCGCUGAAGAUGUGUAUCUGCAGAUUGGCCCAAAGACCCCAUCAUCAGCAAGUUGCGAGAAUCUGAUAGUUCGCAUCAAGAUGCCGGGAGAUAAGAAGGAAAACGUGGAUUUAACUGUAGACACCAACAGUGUCGCAGUGGUUUCUUCCCAGUAUUCAUUGAAACUUCCUCUGCCACAUGGCAUUGAUCCUGACCGGUCUAAGGCAAGUUGGGAGUCCGACCAGGAAACAUUGGUGCUUACCCUGAAGCUGGACCGAGAAUUUGAUUUUGUUAAUUUUUAA